CUCACUUUGUAUUCUAUUAAGAUUUUGUUCCUGCAGUUGAAUCAAAUUGAUUUUCUUAAUCGAGCUUUGAGUCUUUUUUGGUUCAUUUGAAUGUUUGAAUGAACAGUGCCUUGAUGGAUGCCAUAAUAUGUUGUAGCUAGAUGCCAUGACUGCUCAUGUGUGCCACCUGUUUGUCAUUCCUGCCAGUGCAUGAUAUUUUUAUGGUUUUAAACUGUAAUUCAGUUAUUCCUGGAAAUCUACCUUUUUUUUUUCUCAGGUUCUUGGCAGAUUCAACCGUGCUCGCGCUGCUCGGUUGACACUCCCUCAUCAUGUGUGCCAAACUCCUUUGUUUAUGCCUGUGGGCACACAAGGAACAAUAAAGGGAUUGACAAAUAGUCAGCUUGAGGAUAUAGGUUGCCAAAUAAUACUUGGAAAUACUUAUCACUUGGCCCUUCGACCUACUUCCGAGCUUCUUGAUGAAGUUGGUGGCCUUCAUAAUUUUAUGAAUUGGCAAAGGGGUCUGCUUACAGAUUCUGGUGGCUUUCAAAUGGUUUCGCUGUUGCAUCUUGCUGACAUCACAGAAAAAGGUGUGACAUUUCAGGUAUUUUUUUUUCCUUUUGAAGAUAUAGAAAAUAUUUCGAUGGUGUGUUCUUUGCUUCACUCAUGAUCAGUGUUCUGAAAUCUGGUUUGUGACUGUGUCUUCCAAACUUAUAACUUUGACUGCAAACCAGUGUGAUUAAAUCCUAAACCAU